UUUAUCGGGCGGCCGAUUUUGGUUAAAAUAUUCAAAAUGGCGGACGGAGGAGCAGCGAGUCAAGAUGAGAGUUCGGCGGCGGCGGUGGCGGCAGCGGCAGACUCAAGAAUGAACAAUCCGUCAGAAACCAGUAAACCAUCCAUGGAGAGUGGGGAUGGGAACACAGGCACGCAAACAAAUGGCCUGGACUUUCAAAAGCAGCCUGUGCCUGUCGGAGGAGCAAUCUCUACAGCCCAGGCCCAGGCCUUCUUUGGGCACCUUCAUCAGGUCCAGCUCGCUGGAACAAGUUUACAGGCUGCUGCUCAGUCCUUAAGUGUACAGUCUAAAUCUAAUGAAGAAUCUGGGGACUCUCAGCAGCCAAGCCAGCCUUCCCAGCAGCCUUCAGUGCAGGCGGCCAUACCCCAGACCCAGCUCAUGCUGGCCGGAGGACAGAUCACUGGGCUCACGUUGACGACAGCCCAGCAACAGUUAUUGCUACAACAGGCGCAGGCACAGUUGCUGGCGGCUGCAGUGCAGCAUUCAGCCAGUCAGCAGCACAGCGCUGCUGGUGCCACCAUCUCGGCCUCUGCUGCAACGCCGAUGACGCAGAUCCCUCUAUCUCAGCCAAUACAGAUUGCACAGGAUUUGCAGCACUUGCAGCAGCUUCAGCAGCAGAAUCUCAACCUGCAACAGUUUGUGUUGGUGCAUCCAACAACCAACUUGCAGCCAGCACAGUUCAUCAUCUCACAAACACCGCAGGGGCAGCAGGGUCUCCUGCAAGCGCAGAAUCUCUUAACGCAACUACCUCAGCAAAGCCAAGCCAACCUCCUGCAGUCUCAGCCAAGCAUCACCCUUGCCUCGCAGCCAGCAACCCCAACACGCACAAUAGCAGCGACCCCCAUUCAGCCACUUCCACAGAGCCAGUCAACACCAAAGCGAAUUGACACUCCCAGCUUGGAGGAGCCCAGUGACCUUGAGGAGCUUGAGCAGUUUGCCAAGACUUUCAAACAAAGACGGAUCAAACUUGGAUUCACUCAGGGUGAUGUUGGGCUCGCUAUGGGCAAACUCUAUGGAAAUGACUUCAGCCAAACUACCAUCUCUCGCUUUGAAGCCUUGAACCUCAGCUUUAAGAACAUGUGCAAGUUAAAGCCACUUCUGGAAAAGUGGCUCAAUGAUGCAGAACACCUUUCAUCUGAUUCGACUCUCUCCAGCCCAAGUGCCCUGAAUUCUCCAGGGCUGGGGGUCGAAGGCUUGAACCGUAGGAGGAAGAAACGCACCAGCAUAGAGACCAACAUACGUGUGGCCUUAGAGAAGAGUUUCCUGGAGUUCGCUGACUACUUUGUGAUUUCGCAUUCCAAGAUACUGAGCCAUAGAUCUAAGCUUGAUAUUCUGCACAUCAAAAAGAAGAAAAAAAGAUUACCCUUUCUGAGGAUGGAUAAAUGGGGUGACAGUCUAAACAUACAUAAUAACCAAAAGCCUACCUCGGAUGAGAUCACCAUGAUAGCUGACCAGCUAAACAUGGAGAAGGAGGUGAUCCGCGUUUGGUUCUGUAACCGGCGCCAGAAGGAGAAAAGGAUCAACCCACCCAGCAGUGGUGGAACCAGCAGCUCGCCCAUCAAAGCAAUUUUCCCUUGCCCAACCUCACUGGUGGCAACCACGCCAAGCCUUGUGACUAGCAGUGCAGCUACAACCCUGACUGUCAACCCUGUGCUCCCUCUGACCAGUCCUGCUGUAACUAGUCUGUCAGUCACAGGCACAACAGAAACCACCUCCAACAACAUGGCAACAGUGAUUUCAACAGCACCUCCGGCUUCUUCAGCAGUGACAUCACCCUCCCUGAGUCCUUCCCCUUCUGCCUCAGCCUCCAUUUCAGAGGCAUCCAGUGCCAGUGAGACCAGCACAACACAGACAACCUCCACUCCCUUGUCCUCCCCUCUUGGGACCAGCCAGGUGAUGGUAACGGCAUCAGGGUUGCAAACAGCAGCAGCAGCCGCGUUACAAGGAGCUGCACAGUUGCCUGCAAAUGCAAGUCUUGCUGCCAUGGCUGCUGCAGCAGGACUAAACCCAGGCUUGAUGGCAUCCUCACAGUUUGCGGCUGGAGGUGCCUUACUCAGCCUCAAUCCAGGGACAUUAGGUGGUGCUCUCAGCCCAGCCCUGAUGAGCAACAGUACACUGGCAACUAUUCAAGCUCUUGCAUCUGGUGGCUCUCUUCCAAUAACAUCACUGGAUGCAACUGGAAACUUGGUGUUUGCCAAUGCUGGAGGAUCGCUUCAUGGAUCGGAGAACUUUCUAACCAAAAAUGUAAAAAACAAAAAAACAAAAAAAAACAAAAAAAAAACCAACAAAAAAAAAAAAAGACAAAAAAAGUGAAAGGACUACUUAUCAUUUCCAGCAGUCACAAUGACAAGUUAAGGUGGGUUAUCAACUCAAACAUAGGAAGGGGAUUUCUUGUUUCUUUUUGGUCUAAAUAUCUUUCUUUUUUAAUUAUCAUUUAUAGGUCUGUUGUACAGGCCAUUAUGUCAUACAAGGUGUUUAUAAUCGUAUCAAUCGUGUUGGGGGUUCCUUUCUUAACUGGUACAAUUUAGGCAGGCCUGUAUUACUGGUGUAUCUCUAUUAUUAUUAUUAUGAUUAUUAUUAUUAUUAUUUUUAUAUAUAUAGUUUGGACGCGUUUGUCUUUUGCUCCUGGAUUAUUUUCAGUGAGCUCCCACACCAUGGGGGGAGGGCGGGAGGGUAGAGAGGAAGAAUGGAGCACAAAUAGACUUUCUGUCCUAAUCUUCUGGGAACGUUCUGAACAAUUUCCUCAUCCUUGAAUUUGUCUACUGGUUACUCAUAGGGGUCAGAAGAAUUUAUCUUCAUCAUUUGUGCAGGAAGCUCAGUGUAGCAGUAGAGAUCAUUGUGUGCAAACUUCCAGGCCGGUCUGUGCUUUUUAAGCAGAGGUGGGAAUUAGUUACCAACUGCAGCUCUCUUCCCAAUUAUUUAGACAAAAUGGCCAAAUUCUGCUCUGAGCUUUGUGUGCAUGGUUCCUUUUUACUUCAGAGAGUGGGAUUUGACCUCCUGAGUCUGGAUUGUGUGACAUACCGAUGGCUCUUCUGUUCUGUUGAUUUGAUUUUGCUGUUAAGGGUAUAUACAAAUAUUUAAAAAAAGUCAAGCUACCCAAGCUAAUUGGCAGUAUGUAAACCAGCAUUUAUAGUCCUAGGUUCCCACCAGGUGAAUUGAUAGAAGAUUCCAGAAGGUCACAUUCUCCCUGUUCACAGCAUUAUUCCUCUUCCAUUGAUUCUGACACUUCCAACGUUGUAUUUAGAAAAACUUUCUAGUAAAAAACGUGUUUCUGACUGCAGAACACAGAAGCCAACAGUAUAAGAACGGAAGUUUCCAUCGUUUAUGCCAACACAGCAGAGCUGACUCUGGGACUUUGCACAUACCUGGGUGAUCUCGUGUGGUCUCUGAGCUGUGAUGCUGGUAGCUAUGUAAAAAUGACAAUAAGCAUCUCUGACCAGAGUGUCGGGGCUUGCCUGCCACUGGAACUAUCUUUUCAAGGUUGAUUCUGAUCCAUGUAGCAAAGGAGAUUUACGUGGAUGAGGAAGAGUAACGAACUGUACAGAAGUUAGAUCUGUAUAUUCUUAAAUAUACAAUCUAGUAUCUGAACCAAAAAAAAAAAAAAAAAGAUUUUUAAAAAGAGAAGACUGGAUCACUGCAAUGCAGUUCACUUUGAACUUUCCAUUCCUGAUGGAUUUAAAGGUUUCUGCCAUAGGUUUAGUGUAUAAAACUAAAUUACUUUUAGCUAGUGAGGGUAUUAGAAGAGUCCCUUUCCCUCCCACCGCCUUUUCUUUUGUCACCGGAGUGUCCUAAAAUAAUGAGCUGAUGCAGCUAUGUUCAUUUUGUUGAUGAUUCAGGGGGAUCCUGGAGCUUCUCAUCCACGAUCCAGAAGGCAGCAACUUUAAACUCUACAUAUGCUUUGGUUUGUGACCUGAGCAUGUGGGAUUUGCGUUUGCACUCAAGUGGCAGAACCCCUUAUCUCUCCCCCCACUGCCGUGUUUUUGCUCUGUUCAUCUCUAACUCUCCACCUUCCUAUUUUACUGAAUAUUUAAACCAAUUAUCCCUAAAAUGUCAAAACUAGUGAACUGCAAGCAGGGAAACUAACAAAUGUCCGUCCACCGUUUCUAAUGUGUUUUUGAUUUUUUUAUGUUUUAUUUUUUUAAAACUAAGCUUGAACCAAAGUCAAUUUCUAGCAAGCUGCUGUACUAAUGGACUAGUUUGUAUAAGUGCAGUUCAGAUGCAGAGAGGCGAUAGAUGCUACUGACAAUUUCUUUUUCAUUUGUCUUUUGUUUUUAUUAAUUUUAUAUAAAAGUUGCUGCUUGUUUUUAAUCUUUUUUUUUUUUUUCUUUUUUUGGUUGGUAAUUUGUGUUAUCCUUGGGGCAGACUCUUAACUUGAUUUUAAUUUGUUUUCUUUUAGUUGAUGUGUAAAUAGAAUGGCAAUGUCAGAGGAUUGUUAAUCCAACAGGUCCCACCCUCAUCCCACCAGUAUGGAUAAAUCUAAGUAUUUUUGAUGUGUCUCUAUGAGUUCAGGCUGGGCAGGAGACUUCUAGGGCUGUGAAUAAUACUGCAGAAAUGGAAAUGGCCCACCAGUAAUAGCUUCAGAGCAGUAAAAGGUAUAGCUGGGUGAGCUUCAGGGAGGUAGGGAAGAAGUAGGAGAGGAGGUGCUGGUACCCACUAUGCUGGUCUGGAGGCCACAGCACGGACUACAGUUUCUACCAAAGGAAUGCAAGUCCCUGGGACUUGUGUUCAGUGAAGUAAGAGAAUGGGGAAAACUGCAGCUAUAACGUUCGUUCCUGACUCUGAAAGUUCCCGCUUACUUACAUGCCUGUGCAAAAAUACGAUUUAUCAGGACGAUUUUUUUGUUAAAGGGUGGGGGAUACUACAGGUCUUUUCUCCGAUGUAUCCUCUGCUCCCUGAGGGGUUUGUGGUGGGGUGGGGGGGCACAGUCCUUGCAUAUAUCUAGGAAACACAAAGAAAGGUGGGCCUUAAAUCAGCGGAAAAUCCUCUCUCCACAGUUCAAAGAGACUGUGCCAUUAGCUGUCUAAAUAAGUUUUCAUGUCCCAUUCUUGCUGGUUUGUGGUUGGGAGAGGGUCUUGUUGAGUACAUAUCUGGAACACUAAUGCAGCUUGGAUGGUUUAUUUAUUAUAAAAAUCUGCUUUUUUUCCUGACUACCUUUGCAUUGGUCACAUGGCUUUGGUGUGAGCACCUUAUACCCCCUUACCCUCCUCCUCUCUACCCCAUCAUCCCCUCUGGGGCCCAGAUUCCAGGGAAUUUCUUAGCAAGUCUUUUUCUAAGAGAAACUGGAAACUCGGAGUAGCUACAUAUCCAGAAAGGGCUUGCUUUUGCUUGCAGAGGCUGACAUAAUACCCAAACAGCACAUACCGCAUGGUGUUCUUCACCAGCGUGCUCUGAUUUGUUGUCCUAAGACAUCCCAGUGACUGACUGUCACUCCUGGGAGCCUGCUUUUUAUCCCUAGCAGUGUUUUGUCUCACAGAUGCUGGCUACCUCCAGUGUUGAGGUGAAAGAGGGAAAUCAGAUUGGCAGUGGCUGUACGUCUGCCCACUUAGAGCACGUACACUCCUUCAGAGCAUGAAAGGAAUAUGAGAUCAUGUACUAGAAUUUAGCAGAAGUUUCUUUUUUAAGUCAUAACCAUGCUGACAGCAGAAAUUGAUGUAUCUGAGAAGAGACAAUAACUGUAUACAGGCCUAGUAAAUAUGAUCAGAAGGAAUUUUGUAGCUUGUUAGAAAAGGAUAAUAGUGUCUUUUUCAGAGCUCCAUGUCUUCGUAUUUAAAGAUGUGUGGGUUGCUUUUCAUAGUUGCUAGCAUGCCAAAGUACAUAUUCAGGAAAACAGGUGAAAACUCUCUCAUUAUAGCCAAGGACAGUUAGCUCAAAAAGCAGGAGAUUUACAGAGACACAAAUACAGAUACACCCUGCAGGUCAAGAACAAUUUAGGAAAUGGCUUCAAGAUGUGGUGGUGUAGGCUGGUACUGAAAUCUGUUCUGAUGUGAAUAAAAUGUAUUCCAGUUUGGCUUUAGCACACUUGAUCUCCCCAGAACACACUCUCUGUACUCACCAUAGAAUGAUUCAUGAACAGCUCACAGAAGGCACGCACAGAUAUGGCUGCUUGCAAGAGUCACACCUGUCUAUUUAAAUCUCUUUAAGAGGAUUUAUUUGUUUCUGAGUUACUGUGCAGUGUGUGUUAGUCUAAGUACAUUGUUAUCAUGUCACUCUGAGAUGGUGUGUAUGUGUGUGCACUCAAAAAAUUGUUGGGGAGAUACCAUGCUUGUUAGGUGCACAAGUACCUGAUUUUUGAGAUUUUUUUUUUUUUCCCAGCUCAUAGGCUAGUGUCACUUCAGUUCACUUUUUUGUCUUUCUUUGGGUAACUUGUGAUGGCACAUCAUUGCUCCGCUACUUCUUAAGAGCCUCCACUUCAAUAAAUAGUUGUCAAAACACGAGUUAAAUUGGAUUCAAAAAGUCACUUUACCAUGAAUUGGAAAGCUGUGCUCGGCUGAACCAACAAGGAGAACAUGCUUGAAAGUUAGUUGGAUCUUCACGCUGCUGUUGUGCAGUAAUUUUGUUUGUGCUAGUGAGCUUAUCUUGUACUAGAAAACUAAUGUGCCAGAGCAUGAGGAGGAAGAAAUUUAUUCUGAUGGCUCGAAUUAUAGACCUUUUAUGACAUCAGAAGCUUCAAGUUUGAAUUUUAUCUUUCAAUGAACAAGCUGGCAAGGAGAUUUUCAGUGGAAACAGUAAAGCUCCUAAUGUAUUUGCAGUUACAGCUUGUGAUUUUUUUACCUUUUAGGUUAAUCAGGGGGAUGUGAACACUGGUUGAAGAAGUUAUCUGCUGAUCUUAACACACAGCAACAAAUGUUCUCUCGUAGUAUGGUGGCUUUUCAUUUGAGCAAGAGCAAUCCAAUUCUUUUAAUUUUACAUACUUUACAGUGAGCAUGAGAUGUAGGCAAAAAAUUAUACUUCUGAUCUUUUGGUAUCUUGAAAAAAUUUCUUUUAAAAAGGAAAAAAAAAAAAAAGUGUAGGAAUAACCAGAGUUACUCAGGGGGCAAUAGGAGAAUGGCUGUUACCAAAACACGUUAGAGAAAAUUCUCAGUGUGCAUCCAUGCCAACAAUUGUGUGAGCAAUAGAAAUUUUUUUUUUUUUCCACUUCUCUUGGAACUAUGACCUCAGACCUUGGUUUGCUCUGAUGUUUAAAUGUCGCCUCUGUAAGCCUUGUGGUGUGCUUUGGCUGAGCACACAUUUCUGCAGUUGAGUUACUGAAGGAGACAGCAGUGUUCACUCCUUAACUUCCUGCACGUUCCUGUAGAGCAACAUUCUUUAAAACAGAAAUUCUCUCUUUCUUUGUUACAAAUGGAGCAGAACACCCCUGUAACUAUACCACAAAUACUAAACCAAAACAGUAUCUAAAUUACCUUAAAUAUCAAUCGAUAUUUUCUUAAAUAAAGAUUCACUUUACAAAAUCAUCUUAGAGAGACAAGGAGCUUCUCAUGGUCAUUUGAGUGUUUUGGGUCAGACAGAAUAGGGCACCUGGUCCAAACUUUCAGUGGUGCUUGGUUUUUGUAGAUCUGUUUAUUGCAAUGUUAACUUUGUUAAGAGUAACUAUUCCCCGUCCCUGUUCUGCCUGACAUGGUUAAAUGAUGUUUAUCCACAGGGCCUGAGCAAACCUGUUGGAUGUACCCCUGACUGUUGCCUAGGGUGGAGUGUUACCAAAGGAGUAAGCUACCCUGCUGCCCCCCACUGGGUUUAUGGUUGUCAGUCCUCACACAGCCAACACAAAUUCCUUUAUAUUUUCACAACCAAUACCUCUUGCUUCUCCCUCCCUUUCCAAAAUACUAUAGCAAUACAGAAUUCAGAAUACAUACUUUGCAGAGGUUCUACCCUUGUCAGACAUUACAUCUCACUCCUGUUGCUGCUCGUGACUCUUUCUCUUCUUUCCAGUAGGGAGACCCCUAAAAUACUUCAGAGAUUUUUGACAGAGGAGGCUUUGUCAUAAAGUUAUUGGCUCACAGUUUGCAAUUUCUUAGAACGUUUAGAUCUUUGACUUUGUGAUCUGAUGGUACCUUGUUCCCUGUAUGUCAGCACAAGUACUUUCAGUGCUUUUGGAAUGAUGAAAAGAAGCAAUUCCUGUACUUGUGUAGCUUCGCAGACAAACAUACAGAGUAAUGCAGGAAGAACUUCUUGAUUUUUUUUUUUUGGUUUGUUUAUCUUCACUGGAUCUGUCUGCCACUUCUCCCAGGACGCUCUUAGUGGGUACAUGCUCUGAGCUUUUAGCCCUGUGGGAUGCUGUUAGAAGGGUGUUAGGAAGUUUGCACUGGAAUUACAGAUAGUUUAAGUGUGGGAGAAGAGAAAAGACGCCUUUUAGUUGAGUAGACAAAUAAGGUCAGCAUGUAGAACGUAUCAGGUACUUCUUUUCCGACCAAAUUCCUAGAACCGAAGCAACUACUGGGCAUUGUCCUGGGGCCACUUUUAGCUCCACCUGCAAUACCCUGCUAAGAACCGUCCAUAACUGGAAUAAACUGGGCCCCCUCCUUCCCUCCCUCCCUCCCUCCCUCCCUCUUUCCCUCUCCCUCCUUGUUCCUUCCCCCGUCUUCCGUCAGCGAAAGGUAGCACCAUACAGCUCUGAGAACAAUACUUGUGGGUAGCAGCUGGCUUCUGGCACCUUCAUAAAAUACCUCAGCAUAGCUUAGCAUUGUCGCAGAACUGGUUUUAAACUGAAAAAAUCAGAAGAGAAAAGCAAACUUUAUAAAUAGUGGAGAUAAUUCUAGCUGUAGAGUUUAGUUGAACUGAUGUUUAUUAUGAUUGAUAAACAUGAUUAUGCUGUAUGUAUUUGAGAUCCUGUUUAUAGGUUACAACU